UCUCUCUCUCUCUCUCUCUCAAGUAUAUGGCUUCAUCUUGUCUAGUGAAACUCUUGGCAUCACUCGGAAAUUACUGAAACAGAUCUCAGUUAUAGUGAAACUCAGUUUCAGUAUGCAUUUCUGAUUCAAUCAAGCCACUCUUUCCGUAUAAACGCGCGUGUAUAUAUAAUACAGUCAACGUUCUUCAAGCAAAACCUGCUCUCUCUUUCCGCUCUUUGUUAAACUCUAGGUUUGAAAGCUUGAAGUUUUGCGCUCGAAACCUACUAUCUAUUGAUCAUCGUAUUGAUACCUCUUGCUUUGUGUGUGUGUGUGUGCGCGCGUCCGAAAACCAUUUCCAAUGCGAAUGAAGCUUUGAGGCUGCAUGUAGUUGGGGUUUAAAAUUGAAAUGGUGGAGGUUGCAGGAUCAAAAUCAUUGCGAGAAGAGCUCGCAAGCCUCGUAGAGGACACAGGAAUACAAUAUAUCCGUGGCGGCGCCAUCGGAAUUUCUACGCCGGCAUUUGAAACCAAAAGAUCGGAUUUCGAGCCACCGGAAAGUGAAUCGGUGGAAUCGGAGAGCUUCAAAGAUCAAGUUAAAGGUUUUGCGAAAGCUUGGGGUGAAAUAAUAGUUGAAUUGGGAAGAGGUUGCAGAGAUAUACUGCAGCAGAGCGUUUUGACUGAAGAUUCGUACAUUGUGAAAAAAUUUAGGGGGCCAUUUGCGCAGGUUUCUUGCAAUUUGAAAUGUUUGAAUGAAUAUUUGCCGGAGGAUCGUGAUCCAGUUCACGCUUGGCCGGUGAUAUUUUUCGUCUUCAUCAUUGCGUUUGCCGCACUGAACGUACAUAUUAAAGGUAACAGUUCAGUUCCGCUGGUGAAGCAAGUAUACAUACAUCCGCCUAGUGCGAUUCGUAUAAUGCUUCCAGAUGGUAAACACCUGGCAUAUCAUGAGCUAGGAGUUCCAGCCAGCAGAGCUAGAUUUUCCAUGAUGGCUCCACAUGCUUUCCUUUCUUCUCGGCUUGCAGGUAUACCAGGUGUCAAAUUGUCGCUGCUGGAAGAGUUUGGUGUUCACUUGGUAACAUAUGAUCUUCCUGGUUUUGGGGAGAGUGAUCCACAACCCUACAGGAACCUUAACUUGUCAGCUCUGGACAUGCUAUACUUAGCAGAUGCUGCUGGGGUAAAUGACAAAUUCUGGGUACUGGGGUAUUCAAGCGGAGCAAUGCAUUCUUGGGCUGCACUCAGAUACAUCCCCGAUCGAAUUGCAGGUGCAGCCAUGAUUGCACCAAUGGUUAAUCCAUAUGAAUCAAGCAUGACAAAGGAAGAGAUGUCCAGAACUUGGGAGAAUUGGAUGCGAAGAAGGAAGCUGAUGUACUAUUUAGCACGAAGAUUUCCUAAAUUUCUUAGUUACUACUUCCGCAAAAUUUUUCUAUCUGGAAAGCAUGGUCAAAUUGAUAAGUGGUUGUCUUUGUCAUUGGGAAAGAAGGAUAAGGCGUUGAUUGAAGAACCGAAGUUUGAAGAAUUUUGGCACCGGGAUGUUGAGGAGUCAAUUCGUCAGGGAAGCACAAAACCAUUCAUAGAGGAAGCUGUGCUACAGGUGUCAAACUGGGGUUUUAGCCUGGCAGACCUUCAAGUGCAGAAGAAGUGCCCCAGGAAAGGCAUUCUACCUUGGCUCAAGCUCGUGUAUAGUCAGGCAGAAUGUGAAUUGACUGGAUUCCUAGGCCCAAUUCACAUAUGGCAGGGAAUGGAUGAUCAGGUCGUCCCACCAUCGAUGACUGAUUAUGUGGCCCGGGUUCUGCCAAAUGCCAUUGUGCAUAAGCUCCCAGAUGAAGGACACUUCUCCUAUUUCUUUUUCUGUGACGAAUGCCAUAGGCAAAUAUUCUCUACCCUUUUUGGAAGCCCUCAGGGCCCUCUCAAAAGUACAGACCAAACUUCAAUUCAAGGUGAUGGAGAGGAGGCAUCAACCCGUUCUGAUUCUAACAUGGAAUGAUAUGCCUUCUCCGGUUGAAUUGUUUUCCGAAUACCGAUGCAUAUAACAGAGGAUUGCUCCUGUUCUGAGUGGAGCACAUAGGUCAGAUAACAAAUCGUUGUGCUGUUUAGUGUCUUUUCUCACUUCGAACUACAGGUUCUUUUUCCUAAGAGAGAUGAAUAUCAAGAUGGAAGCAAUUUCAACGCACUUUCCUUUCUGUAAUCUAAUUUAUUUUCUUCGUUAGUCAUUCUACGGUCAAUUUUCUUUUGACUUGUCUUCUCAUUCAACUGAUCUGAGGUGGUUUUUUC